CUUACUCUCCCAUCUAACGGUCCCUAGUCCCACCACGUGUUUCAAACCUCUGAUCCACGCCGUCCCUGUAUGGUCACGGUGGUGUUAUUCACGGGCAGACAUCAGGAGUUGGAAAUUUGAGCCUACGGUUCAGAUCCUGCCCAUAGUCUUUCCGGGCAUAUCUCUUUGCCUUUAAGAACGAGGCUGCUCUUCCUAUCAUAAUCGCUCUAAUCAGGGGAAAAUUCCCAAUCCCCAAUCUUCUCCCUGUUUCCCCCUCCCGCCCCGAAACCCUAAACAACGGCGGUCCGGCUUUUUCCUACUCUCUCGGUCGGUGGUUCCGUCCUCCCUUGGAUUGUUCCCCCGACCCGACAUCUUUCAGACCUAGGAGGCGCGUGGCGUUCACGCUAUCUGUAAUUCAUGUGUUCUUGGUCGCCUGAAUUGGGAAACCUCUGCCGCCGGGGCUCUCCCGGGAUUCUACCGGAAUCAUGGCGUCAGCUGUGCUAGCUAAUAGGAGCGAACCGAACUGGAUGCAGCCACAGCCGGCCGGCGUUGCGAAGUUAAUGGGCAAAUAUCCUUUCUCUAACUCUAACCCAAACCCUAAAUUCUCAAAGAAGCGGCACCUUCAGGCGUUACCCUUGGCGGAUCUCGACGAAUCUCCAGCCUUCACGCAGUCCGCUGCGUCUGAUGACGCGUCUUCGAUAAAUCGGAGACCUAAUGAUUUAAACACAGCAGGCUUCGUUACUUUCAACAUCUCUUCUUAUUCGAGAAAGGAGCUGGUGGAGUUGAAGGAUCGAUUUGUGGCUGAGCUGGAGCAGAUUCGUCAAUUGAAGAGCCGCAUCGACUUGCCGCCUGAUUUUCAGAUCAGAUCCAGCUCAAAUUUUCACAACAAGAAACUAAUUGGUGGCCCAAACAGUAACAAGAAGAUACUGGGAAGCAAGAGGCCUUUCCCUGUUACGGAUUCGACUUUUGGGGCCCAAGAUUUCAAGAGAGCGCAACACCCAGAUAACUCGCAGUUGAUGAAGAAGUGCGUCCAGAUCCUGUCCAAAUUGAUGAAACACAAGUUCGGGCACAUAUUCAAUGCUCCUGUGGACGUCGUUGGAAUGCAGCUUCAUGAUUACCACGACAUAAUCAAAGUGCCCAUGGAUUUGGGUACGGUGAAAAAGAAAUUGGCGAAAAACCUCUAUGAUUCGCCGCAGGAUUUUGCUGCCGAUGUGAGACUGACCUUCAACAACGCGAUGAGGUACAAUCCUAAGGGUCACGAUGUAUAUGUUUUUGCUGAUGAGUUACUUGCCAAAUUUGAAGACUCGUACCGGCCCAUCAAGGAUUCGCUUGUUGACGAGAUCCAGAAAGAUGAAGAGCACGUGCUAGAAGUACAAGCGAGCUCUUGGGAUCACAACCACCGGGGAUUGGUAGAGACUGAAAGCGCAUCCAAAGACCCAAGGGAUGUUAUGCAAGUGAUGGCUAAAUCCGAGCAAACUGGUAACUCAGUGGCUCCUCCUGCUACUGGAUCGAGCCAAAACGUUAACCCUCACUCGACUUCACAAUUGCCUGUGAGGACCCCAUCACCAAGAAGGGUUCCACCAGUGAAGCCUGUUAAGCUUCCGAAGCCCAAGGCAAAGGAUCCUAAUAAGAGGGAGAUGAACCUAGAAGAGAAGCAUAAAUUGGGUGUAGGGUUGCAGAAUUUGCCUCCGGAGAAGAUGGAGCAGGUUGUUCAAAUUAUUAAGAAGAGGAAUGGCCAUUUGAGGCAAGAUGGAGAUGAGAUUGAGCUGGAUAUUGAAGCUGUUGAUACAGAAACUCUAUGGGAGCUUGAUCGAUUUGUCACCAAUUACAAGAAAUUGGCGAGCAAGAUUAGGCGUCAAGCAUUAAUGGGUGGCAAUAUUGGGGCUCCUGCUACUAGUGAAGGCAACAAGGAUGUGCCCGUCAAUGAGAGAAUGGGCAUUGAAUAUGAGGCAAAGAAGCCAAAGAAAGGUGAUGCUGGCGAAGAAGACGUGGACAUAGGUGAUGAAAUGCCAAUGAGCAGCUUUCCGCCUGUGGAGAUAGGGAAGGACAAUGGCCAUGCCAGUAGUAGUUCUAGCAGCUCCAGUAGUUCCAGCGAUGAUUCUUCCUCCUCCAGUGAUUCCGACUCAGGGAGCUCUUCUGGGAGUGAUUCGGAGGAUGCUCACUCAUAGUACUAUAUCCAUAGCGUGAUCAGAACCAUUGUGGAUGAGAUUCUGGCAUUACAGGUUCGAGGCGGGGCGGGGUAGAGGAUUCUGGAGGUGCCUUGCACAAGAAUGGAUGAAAAGAUGCGGUAUGAUAACUGGGUCAGUCUGUUCUGGUGGUGGAUUGAUUGCUUUUGAGAUGGUAUGGUGUGGUAAUUUGAUAGAAUCUAUUCUGUGACAGGUUUGUUGGAUUGGUGGACGAACUAAUGGAAGCUGGGCAGUGUUGGAGUAAAAGGAAACUAGGAAGGUGAAUUCUUUCUGAGGUUUGUUUGUACAAGAAAAGCGGAUGAGCUUGUGUAUAAAGGAGGAGCCAGCCAGCAGUGGCCAGCUGGUUUAAGUUAGUGUAGGAAGGGUAGUUGGAAGAUUUUUCUUUUUUUUUUAGUUUGAAUAUUUGUGGCGUGGCGUCUCUUUGGAGGAGUAGUAGGGGAGAGAGCACUAGUGGUGGUGAUGAGUGGGUGGGUGUUCGGAAAGAGAGAUGGAGGACUUAGGUGGUUAUUCGGAAUAACAUUUUGUAUACAUAACUACAAUUCUACAACACUUGAAUACAGAUUGACCCACCGUGGUGGCUUUGGCAACAGAGUUUGUUGAUGUGUCCAUGUUUUUUUAUUUUGGCGCAGGGAUAAUCGUUUAUGUUUUGUGUCUGUUGGUAGGGUAAGAGUUGGGAGGAGGAGCUGCUUUUUAUGCGAGGUGGUUGUGUCUGUUUGAGAGGUGAAGAAGAAGAGUGUUAGGAAAGGGAACAUCAAAUAUGGUAUCUGUAUGUGAAGUUGAUUUCUCUGUCUCAACCCAAAAGUUGGAGGAUACAGAAACAAGCCCCAGACAUGUUCAUUCUUGUUGACAUAGAUAGUAAUGAACUAAUGAUGCGAAU